AUGCCCCCGACAACCACCUUGGGCCAUACCGCCACUAGGGCUCAGGAAGGCGCCAGGGAGCAAUCCCGCAGAGGGCUUGGGACCGGCUCCUCCCAUCAGCACGCCGAACUCAUCAGUUCAUCUCGGUCCGGGAACCACGAGGCCAUCGUGAUAGACGUGGUAACCAACAACUAUAGGGUAAAGAAGGUGUACGUCGACCAAAGAAGUGCGGUUGACAUUAUGUUUUAUCGGGUGUUCAAGGAGUUCGGCCUGGAGGACGGACAGUUGACCCCAGUUCGGACACCCUUGGUGGGAUUCACCGGGCCACCCAUUAACCUGAAGGGAAUGAUAACCCUGAGGGUCACGGUAGGGCAGGUCCCCAAAUGUUGGACCAUCCCCGUCAAUUUCAUGGUGGUCAAGCAACAAUCUCCACACAACGUGUUCCUGGGACGGCCUGCUCUGAACGCCCUCCGAGCUAUUCCCUCUACGCUCCACCUCAGCGUCAAAUUUCCCACUUCGGGUGGAAUAGCCGAGGUACACGGUGACCCAAAGGUGGCCCGAGCUUGCUACCUGGCCAUGCUCCGGGGACAGGAGAAGGUGGUCGCCCAGAUGACCAGUUUGGAGCCCUACAUCCCGGGGAAGGAGGCCCGACAGUUGGGCACCCAGGACGAGAUCGAGGAGUUCUCCUGGAGGGAAGACCGUCCCGAUCGGGUGCUCCGCAUCGGCACGCUGCUACCCUCUGAGGAGAAGGAGGGCUUAAAGGCCCUGUUAAGGGAGUACUCCCAGGUCUUCACGUGGACGGUUGAGGACAUGCCCGGAAUUCCGACCGACCUGGCCGUCCAUCACCUCAACGUGGAUCCCCGCUUUAAGCCGGUGAAACAGAAGAAGAGAAGUUUCGCCCCCGAAAGGAACGAAGUGAUCAAGAAGGAGGUUGGCAAGCUGUUGGAGUCCCGGAUCAUCCUCGAGGGAUACUACCAGAUAGAGAUGGCCGAGGAGGACCAGGAGAAGACCUCCUUCAUUACUGAAGAAGGAACUUACUGCUACCGGACCAUGCCGUUCAGGCUGAAAAACGCCGGAGCUACCUACCAGCGCCUGGUCAACAAGUUGUUCCAAAAUCAGAUCGGCAGGAGCAUGGAGGUCUACGUAGACGACAUGAUCGUCAAAAGCCGAACUGAUCAGCAGCUCGUUCCCGACCUCAGGGAGAUCUUGGACAUCCUAUAG